AUAAAAAGCAACAAAAAAUAAUCUCAAAAAAUUACCAAAGAAAUGAGCUAAAUUAACUAAGAUGAGUUGAUUAUUAUGAAGAACGUUCUCUUUUUGGCUUAAUCAAGCAAAAAAAGCUUAUAAAGCUAAAGAAAUUUACUAAAUAAAUGGUUUUAAGAUUCUAUUAAGAGCUAUUUUAUGGAAUCACUUGCAUCUUCCCUAAUCGCUAAUCACCUUAAUUUAUAAUCUACUUAAUCAGUUAAAGCAUUUAUCCACAAAUAAAUAGACUAAAAUAAGCCUAAAUAUAUGGGAAUCAUUGAUUAAUAUUUUAAUUAUAUCAAAAAAUACAACUAAUAAUACUCUUUUACGACAAAGCUUCAACAAAUUCUUUUGGAACCCAUAGAUAUUACUAAUUUGAGUGAAGGUCACUCUUAAAAUUGUAUGAAAAAAGCUAGAAAAUAAUUUGUAUCUAUUCUAAUCUUAAAGUAUUUUAAUUUAUAUGGCCAACAAGAAAUGUCAUCUUUUUACGAUCUUUGGAACAUCUGUUUCCCUUAAGUUGUUUAAGAAAAAAAGAAACUUUCUAAAUAUGAUAAUUAGAGCAAAAGUAAAAGGUCAUAAGCCAAUCUUAAAUAAAAGCUAGCUGAAAACGAGUCUUUAAAAACUUCUUUAAACCUUUUAAAUUGCAGUAGCUCUGUUUCUCAUACUAAUAGAUCAGAAAUCACUAGUUUAAAAGUAAUCGAAAUCCCAAAUAUUCAGACAAUUAGUAAAUCAGACUCUUAUUAAGAAAGCAAGUAAAUACAUUUCCAAAGUAACUAUAAAUAUGAGACUAGUUCUUAAAAGUAAAUAAUUAAUAACCAUAUCUUUGAAGAAGACAGCUAUUAAGUAGAAUAUACUAAGUAUUUUGAGCAAAACUGUAAUUAAUCUACCUUGUAGUAUUAUUAAGGCUAUUUUAACAACUAAGUUAAUAAUUAGGCAAACCAUUUCAAUCAUGAAGAUUAAAAAGUAUUCCAAAAAAACUAGUAAUAAUUUUUCAAAAACUAAUAAGAAUAUUAAUUUUAUUAAUAACAUCAAUUAUAUUAAAAUGACUACUAAUAAAGUUAUUAUCCUAAUCAUAAUAAUAACCACUAACAUAUUAACCAAAUUAAUCAUAAUUGA